UAAUAUCGAAUUUUAGUGGUUGUCAUUUUUCGGAAAGCAGCUCAUAACCAAAUUGAGUCAAGUAUUAAUAUAUUAUUUUGCGAAAAAAUUUAUCCUGUGGAGAAAUUUUAAAAAUGUUGGGUCGUAGCAGUCUAUUAGCACGUAACUUAACCAAAUCUCUUGUUAGAUUCCAUAGUCAUGGCGGUACUCCCGGAGAAAAUUUACCAUUCAGUCUACAAAAUCGCUAUAAGUUAACUGCAUAUUUUGUAUUAUUCUUUGGAUCUGGAUUGGCUGCUCCAUUCAUGGUUGUAAGACAUCAACUACUCAAGAAAUAGAGUACAUAUUUAUUUUCAUAAAUUACACUUUAUAGUGUGUUUCUGAAAUGCUUUUAAAAUAAAAAAUAUGUAUAUCUUAAGUUAAAAGUGUACUAAUACGUUUUUAAAAAUAAAUGUGAACACAUUAAACCAAAA